AUGUCGUUCCUCGCCGGUGUUCAACUCGAAAAACACGACAAAACCAAAGUCGAUGCUUCGGAAGCUCUUGAAGGCAAAGUCAUCGCCCUCUAUUUUUCUGCUCAUUGGUGUCCACCAUGCCGUGCAUUUACACCAAUUCUUAAGGAUUUCUAUGGAGAAGUUGAAGAUGAUUUGGAAAUCAUCUUUGUUUCUUUGGAUCGAUCAGAAUCCGAAUUGAAGGCUUAUAUGGCUGAAGCACAUGGAGAUUGGUAUCAUAUUCCAUUUGGAAGUGAUACUAUCAAGUAUGUCCCUUUUUUAAUAUUUUUACCUCAAUACAUUUCAAUUUUUCAGAGAACUCUCACAAAAAUACGGAGUUAGCGGAAUUCCAGCUCUCAUCGUCGUCAAGGCUGAUGGAACUGAAAUCACUAAGGAUGGAAGAGCUGAUGUUCAAGGUGGAAAAGCACCAUCGGCUGUUAUCAAGAAGUGGAGAUCGUAA